UGUAACAGAAUACAUACAGGAAGUAAACAAAGUACCUUCUUGAUUACUUUUUCAGGUCGUCUAGUUGUGUUCAAUACAGUUUUAAAAUUUCUUGCCCUUUAUGCACGUUUUGUUGCCAUCAUAGCUGUGGUGUGGGUGGAAAAGUCAAACCAGAAAUGAGCAGAUCUGACCGUAAGCUGCUUUGCAUGUUGUCAAUUGACUAUAAAUUGCAGCAGUCGUUGACUCAGCGGAACAAGCUACAUAAUUCAGGUAAGAGACUUGCGUGUUGCUGUAUCGAGCAACAGAUCUUCGCUGAAUAUCAAUAUUUUUGUAAGUCACUUAUGCCAGCUAUUCAGUAACAGUGCUUCCGUAGUUUUUAAAUGAAUCUUGUUUAAUAUGGUCUCUUAUUAAAUAAGGUGUAAGAAAAAUGGAACUUUAACUUCUUUUUUAAUAUCAUUCAGAUAUUUUCAGGUAUUAUUCAUCAGUCUUAAAAUAGCACAUCUUGUUUCCUUGGAUUUUACUUUCAUCUGAAGAUUGGUGAGUCUCUAGUCUAAAAGGAAAAUGAUCCUAACACUUGCGUUUUGCACUUUGUGCAGAUAGUGAGGCAGCAGAUAAUUGUUUUGUGUGAUGCUAUUAUGCAGCAGAAGAGUCAGUACUAAGCAAUAAAUACUACAAGUAUUCCUUCUUGAGGGGUUGUGGUGGUUUUCAUUUCUUGCUCUGUAGUGUUGUUUUGUUAUAAAGUGUUUUUUGCUAUGUAACAGACUUUUUUCCUCAUACAAUGUUUUAAGUUGUUAGCAGUAGAUAGUUUUUAGACAAUAACCCAACCUGUGGAAGCAGAAAAGAGAGAGAUGAUUGUCUACUAGUUUCAUUUUAUAAAGAGUGUAUAUAUUCGCCUCUGAUGUUCUGCAUGUAUAUUAAUGUAAAAUAGAUGUGUUCAUGCUUUCAGCCUACGUACAGAAGUAUCAAUUUAAGACCCAUGUGACUCUCUUCUGUCUAGAAGCAUGCUGUAAAUGAAUUAUUAUUAGGAUUUUUGUUGUGAGACCUAUUUGCAUUAGAAAAAGAGAUGACACUGAAUACAGAGGCUUUUUGAUAGAAUGCCAUGUGAGGAAAGGUCUGUACUGAGUAAAAAUUCUCUCUGUAUUAAAUGUAGCAGGUAUGAAAUCAUUAGAAAAUGUUAAAAUAUGUUCUUAUAAAGGAUUAAGAGGAUCCCAUUUGUGCUAUGGAACCAUGGUCUGAACAUUGGAAGCUUUGCAAGGUUUUUGUGAGUAUGUAAUCUAGAUGUUUCUAGUAACCUAGCGUAAUGUUCAGGUGUAGUUCCCAUUUUUAAGGGUGUACUAUCACCUCAGUGUGUUAGACAGCAAUGGGUGGGUGUGGAAGUGGAUGGUAAGAGUGUUUUUAGGUGGAUUCUUUGUAGGCGAGUAUUGCUUGCAAUCCGUGAGGAUGGUUCACAGUAAUUCUUUAAAAAUUAAUUAUUUAAAAUUUAUUUUCAAUUAGCUAUUAGGUGAUGAUCGUUACAGUUAUGCUGCUCUUUAGCUGUUUGAAUAAUGAUACUGGGAAGGCAUUAUAAUGUGGCUUCCUAUAAAACACUGCAAGAUUAACUUUCUAGUAAAAGUAUAAGGUUGAUUUGAGUAGUUGCACCUGCUGUAAUGCGGCUCUGAAGAGAGGGUGUGUGGUUUUAGUAGGCCAGUCUUAGUUUCUAGCAGUGUAUCAACCACUAUGUGCAGUCCCUUCUUAGUAAAAUAAUUUAUAAUUGGAAAAAUACUAUGAGGACAUGCAUUUGUUUUCCUUGAAUAAAUUGAUUCUUUCAUAAUCUUCUAUCAGUAGGAUUGUAUUUGUUUCAUAUCUGUGUUAAAUAUGCAGGUGAAUGCAGAAGCAGUAUGAGGGCCCAAGGAAAUGUCAAGUUAAGCAGAAAUUAAUCGUCUCAACAUUUUGUGAAACUUUUGAUGUAGAAUGGAUUUAAUACUUGGCAGGCAUAGAAUUAAUAUUGAGAUCCAUUCCCUGCACAAGUUCUCUAUCUAAUUAAGAUAGUGUAGUGAAUGAGACAUCAAAUUAAUAGAGAGAAAAAGUAAUUUGUCUUUAUUAAGGCUUUUUGGUAUGAACAGGGAGCCUGUUACUGGAACAGUAGGUUUAAUUUUUUUUCAGUGAGGAGAAGGAGGUGGAGAGAUUGCCGCGGAUGUUGACCUGCUUUUUGUUGUCUGUAGAGGUGUACAUGUUGGAGGAUUCAGAGCAAACUAUACCUAUGUGGGGUACAUAAAGAUAGAUAAUUUCUAAAGCUGAGGUGAAAGGAGGCUGCUGUUUCCUUUAGUAAACUUUAGUGGUUUUAUUUUCAUAAAAUCUAUCAUUUUUUUUUAAAUCAGUGUUGCUGACUUACACCUUCUUUCAUUUUCAAAUGGGACAUUGUCUGCUCUAUGUAACAAUCUUCCAAGACUAUUCUGAAAUGUCAGAAAUGCAUUAGAAGUUUCUCCUGGAAAAUGCCAGUAAUGCCAAGUGUUGCUAAGUCCAGGUGAGUUUUUUCUCCUGUUCAGUAUAACUUGUUAAAACUAUUAUGUGAUUACGCAUUUCCAGGUUAAAUGCAGAGCCUGAUGGAUGGCAGAAGCUGCUGUGACCUCAUGAGCAAGUUGUCUGUCUGUGCUGAGACUCAGCGCGUACAACUGGCCAGACCUUUCUGCGCUGACCCGGUGGUCACGUUGCACACGUACCCAGAGACACCAAACCAGGCCACUUGCCCUGAAGAUUUGUCGUUCCUUCCUUUCGUGUCUGAGCAUCUCGUCGCAGAGAACUUCUACAGUGAGCCCUGCACCUUUCCCUACCAAAUGUCCCAUUCUAAUUACCACAGAAGUGAGUGCUCCUAUGGGCCAGCUUUCAUCAGAAAGAGGAAUGAGAGGGAAAGACAGAGGGUUAAAUGUGUCAAUGAAGGCUACGCUAAGCUGCGGCAUCACCUGCCAAAGGAAUAUGUGGAGAAGCGGCUCAGCAAAGUAGAGACGCUCCGUGCUGCAAUAAAAUACAUUAGCUACCUACAGUCUGUUCUGUACAAUGAUUCUGUGGUGGCAGAAAAAAAUGUCCUGGAGCCAAACCAAGUGCCAAAAGCAUUUAAUAAAACCAGUUCUGGUGAGGUCAGGGUGUCCCGUCCUGGUAGCAGCGCCGGUGACAACCUCCUUAGCAACGAGGAAACACUGGCACAAACGGCUCCAGCGGGCAAGAUUUCUGCCUUGGGACUAAAUCCAAAUCGACCAGACGUAGUAUUUUCGGUUGUUGGUAGCUGCUUUUGCAAGAUGUCUCAUUCGGCUCCGGAUCACAGAUUCUGCAGCACAAUUCCAGCUCUGGACAAGUUCUCGUGCUCCAGUGUCAGCCCCUGCUGCAGGAGCUCUUCUGUGGUGCGUCCCGCCUGGAUCGCCAAGGCCCGAGCCCCCCAAAGGUGCCAAUGGCUUAGCUGCUGCCUCCCCUCCCCUGGCCUCGCAUGGGAAAGGCUGAGCGCAUCGGGGAGAUCAGUGGGCUUAGACAGCAAUGUCCCCGUGCUGGUGAGAGGGGAACAAGAUGGAUUUUAUUAUCGCGGUACAGUAAAAGAGGAGACAGAGAGUGACAGAGGCACAUUCCUGGUAGAAUUUGCCAAACCACCUGUGUCACGUGGAAGGCAUCCAGUGCAAAAAACAGGAAAGGAUGACAUCGUGGAAUACGUGAACGGGAUGAAGCACUCCUUGCUCCCUGGAGACAAAGUGCUGGCACCCUGGGAGCCAGAUAUGGCCAGAUACGGCCCAGGAACUGUCCUCACAGGAAUUGAGACAAGGGACCCUUUACGAGCCUCAGAAGAUGAAGAAAUUACCGUCCAGUUCUGGAAUGACAAGAAAGUGAAGCUCCCACGUGGUGUGGCUCUGUGGAUCCCUCCUAGCCUGUGGGAGAGGGUUACAGAGAUGAUCCAUACGCCCUUCACCAGCAGGAUGAAGCCUGGAGACAGUCUGGACACUAACUCUUGUAUUUUUUCCUGCAGUCCUAAACCAGCCCUGGCUCCUGUUUGUGCUGUACAUCCCCUUGCCAAGCACUGCUUGCCCUGCUCACCCUGCUGGCCACGUUUCCACUGUCUCUGUGAUGGUGUAUGCUGUUUGUCAGCACAUGUAAGGUGCCUCUGCUGCUGCCAUCCCCAUUUUGGUGCCUGGUGGCCUCUUCCAUCCAGGUCUCUGCUCUUUCAGAGCAAAACUGAAGAAACAGAGUCCAGCAGUGAGCGCUCUCCACACCUUCUAGAACUGGAAGGUCCAAAACAAAAAGAACCAGCAGCUGUGGCAGCAUCUCCCCCCUCUUCUGAUUCAGAGUGGGAUCUGGAGCCCUUCCCCACUAAAAGUGCUGUGGUGGACAGUGCUGUUAACAGUGGCUCUGGUUGUCUUGAGAAGCCCAGGCUAAAGGGUUCUGCAAGACCAGAGGAUAAAUACUGGAGAAGGAGCCGCUACAAGUCCCAUCUCAGUAAUGCAGGACCUGGUACUCGCAGCAGCAUUUGUAGAAAGGACAAGUCGGAAUCCAAAGCUGUCUCUGUUGUGGACAUGUCCCAUGUUACCCCGACUAAUCAGUGGGCGAUGUUUGAAACCAUUGGGCAGUCUCCUGGAGGGCAACUCACAGUGAAAGAAAUCCCAGGAGACCAAGAUUUUAAGCCAUCAUUGGGGGCAAGGAAGAAGGUUUUGCAGUAUCAAAAAACCAAAGAUAUAAAAUGGCAAGAAAGAAAACAGUCAGAUGAGAAACGUAAAGCCACCUGCAUAGAAGAUUACAAAGUUGACAAUACAGACCAUGUUAGAAGAGGACAGACGGAAAAAAACAGCAAAGAGCUCGCAUGCAACAAAGCAGAGAGAGACAUGAUCAAUGAGAAUUCAAUAAAUGUACAACUGAUGAAGUUCAGGAGCUGAAAUUUCAGGUAAACUGCUUAUAAUGUAACAGCGUUACAUUUAUUAAACAAAUCAAGUUCUAAUUUAGGUACCAUAGCUGUAGAAAAUCUUUAUGGAUGACUGUAUAAUUUUAAUAACUGAAAAAGUCUAUUUCUACCCAAAUCAAAUUUCAGCAUCCUCAUUCUCUACUCCAAGGUGUCAUAUUAAGUUCCUAAUUAUUUGGAGUUGACUUUACAAUUAUGGAGAGAUCAGAUAAACUGGUAGGAACACUAAAAGCCUGAACAGAUGCAGAACAAGGGUCUAAUAAACCUCAGUUUGCCUCCAGUUCUCUGGAGUCAGCCAGAGAAAUUCAGUGUAGCAAUUUAUUUUUGUAGAAUGCCAGAAGGAACUGAGAAACAAUACAAGCUGACAGCUGAAAGUACUUUUUCAGAAUUAAAGCAAAAAAGAAAGUAGCCAGAGGGUAAAAGACCUGCUACUGUAGAUACAGACAACAAAAUGCUCAGAAAUCCAGCAUUCAAGAUACUGAAUUUUAUAUUCCCAUGAAAAUUAACUAAAACCUUAAUACCAUCAGCCACAAAAAGAUUAUAGAUAUAUAUAGGUCAUGUCAGUAAUACCAGCCAUGAAAUCAGAUGCUUCAGGAGAGUUAAGCAUCCAGGGAGUCUCGUUAGUGGAACUGCUCAUGGUUUAAAGCACAUGAGCACGGGUGCAUGGGGCAGCGUGCAGUUGGUCAGCAGGACGUUUCCCCUGCAGCAAACGGGAUAAUUCAGGGCAUGCUACCACCUCCUGAAAAAGGCAGCCAGCUGGCGCUUAACCAAGGUAAGAGCCUGCAAAGAGACAGGACCCAGAGUGUCAAUGGUUCAUGUGCCUAUACUGAUCAUCUGACACGUGUUCGAGUACUUUCUUGAGUUGGGAUCCUACAUAGUGAAUUUCAUUUGUAUUUUUUUCUUUAUCAGAACAAUAAAAGUACAGACAGGAGAGAUGCAUUGUGAGCCAGCUGCUCUAAAAUCAGGGCCAGCCCACAGGAGCUAAUAUACAUCCAUAUUCAUACCACGUGGAUCAUGCUGUCUGUGGUCAAGAAUGUGACAUGGAUAUUCUGUCUGAGGACAAUAUAAAAGAAGCUCUCACCACAAUG